CUAUUUGCGGCCGCUAUCGCCGUAUUUCCUUGGGCGCCUGUGUCUGGGCGGUUUGUGUCUGCUGGUGGUGGCCGUGUCGCUGUCUGGUAGAGAGGAGUGGGAACUGGUGGCUGCGGCCUUUGGGCUGGUAUGAACCGCGUUCUCGGUGGAGGCCGGGGAGCCAAGCCAGAGCCAUGGGGUCUUCAGUCCCUGGUUCGUCGUCCCCGAGGCUCAGUGAUUAGUGGAAACGCAUUUGAUUAUACCUGCUCUUCCCCUGGCCAGUACAGUGGUAGCAGUUGGACUGACCAUUGCUGCUGCAGGAUUUGCAGGCCGUUAUGUUUUGCAAGCCAUGAAACAUAUGGAGCCUCAAGUAAAACAAGUUUUUCAGAGUCUACCAAAAUCUGCCUUCAGUGGUGGCUAUUAUAGAGGUGGGUUUGAACCCAAAAUGACAAAACGAGAAGCAGCAUUAAUACUAGGCGUAAGCCCUACUGCCAAUAAAGGGAAAAUAAGAGAUGCUCAUCGACGAAUUAUGCUUUUAAAUCACCCAGACAAGGGAGGAUCUCCUUAUCUAGCAGCCAAAAUCAAUGAAGCUAAAGAUUUACUAGAAGGUCAAGCUAAAAAAUGAAGUAAAUGUGUGAUGAAUUUUAAGUUCCUGUUAGUUUAUGUAUACAAGUGCUAGCUUUUUAUAAUAAAAUGCCUCAAAGUUAAAAUUUUAAAAAUGAUUUAGCACAAAUCAAACCAAAGCUUUGGUAGAAGUUUCUUCUUUGAAUGUGAGGAUUUUAAUCAGAUUAUAGAAUAUUUUGAGAUUUAGCAUCAGUAAUUAAAAGUAGAUACCACUUGAAUAGAAAUAGGCCACAAUCUAAUGGGAUACUGAAAAAUCAGUAAUUAAAAUACAAUGUGGUAUUACGACGGAAUUUGCACAAGUUGUUAUAGGAGGAAGUCAUCUUAUUGAGAGAAAAGGCUGCUCAAAGUUGAGAAAACCAGCCCCACUGCUUGGAACCUAAAUUUUAAAAGUGAGUUUAGCCACAACUCUGACCUAAGAAAUAACACUAACUAUAUACACACACAUAUAUAUAUAAUUGACAGAAUUUAGAUUUCAUACAUUAGAAACUGUUGACAGUGUAAGAUUUACAGUAGAGGUAUUAUUUUUAAUCAAGAAGUAUUUACACUGUAUUGAACUAGCCACUGAAAGAAACUGAAAAGUUUAUAAAUUACUGAGUUUUUUUUAUGUAAUAAGUUUUUGCAUUUGUUAUGACCAAGCUUAAACAGUUAGCAAAACUAAAAACUGAAAUGCUCUCAUUUAUGGACAAUAUUCAGCAUGGACUAUUGGAGAAUUUAUGAACUCACAUUUAAAUGACUUUUAUGGGUAAAUGGCUAGUAGUCAAACAUGAAAUAUAGAAGGAUCUUAACCAGAGGAUCUGUAAAAACACCUGAAGUAGAAGUCUGUGGCCACCAGCAGGAAUAUUAUCAUUAGCUCUAAGAUGAUAAAUUAUACUACCUAUCAUCUAAACUUUACAUCAUCUUAAAAGUUCUUAUUAAUGGAGAACACAAGACUUUCAAGGUCAAUUAAGAUCCAAAUAGUGGUGGUGAUCCUGUUUGGUGUUGGAAUGUGUUUACCGGCACUUCAGAUUUGGAUUAUAUCUGCUUUUUAUUUUUCCACCAUUUCUUUAAAAUCUGAUCAAGUCUACUUGUUGAUUUAGAAUAGGAGAAAGCACCAGCUUAAGGCAGCCAUGGGUUUUAUGUAGGGGUAUGAAGGUACACUUUGUUAUUCAAAGUAGUAAUGUGCUAUGAAGUUACUGAGAACACUGAAAUUCCCAAAUACUGAAUGUGUUCAUAGGGGAAAUAAAGGUUCCUCUGAA